AUGGCAGCUCUGUCUGAGAACGUGUUGACAGUCAACAUGUUACUGAUUGUCUUCUUCCUUCCAGGUGUUUCAGCUGAUUGUGGUGAUCUAAAACCAGCUCUGUUCAUCACUACACCAAAGAAGAUUGAAGCACUGAAUGGAUCUUGUUUGCACAUCCCAUGUAGCUUUAAUACAAAACAAACAACAUUUAACAACAGCAGAACUAUUUAUGGUAUCUGGAUGAAACAUAUAGCAGGUUUUAGGAAUCCAGCUUCUUCUAUUUUCAACAGCAGUGGGUCAGUUAACACCUAUUCUCUGAAUAUUACUGGAAACCUCAGAGAGGGAAACUGCACCACUCUGUUUCCUGAUUUAAAAACCAGUUAUACAGACAAAUACUUCUUCAGAGUUGAGAACGGGCCGUUCAGAGCAACAGCUUGUGCUGAUCCUCUUCAGAUAACAGUUAAAGAUUCUCCUUGGAGUCCCAGCAUUAACAUCUCUGGUGGUGAUCUGAAGGAGCAUCAGUCUGUCACUAUAACCUGCUCAGCUUUGACUCCCUGUCCACACUCACCUCCUGAACUCACCUGGAAUCUCCAACAAGACUCUCACAGACAAACAGAGAAAAACACAGAUGGAACCUUUACAACUAAAAUCCAGGAGAACAUCACUCUGUCAGACACACAUGAUGGAUACAUCAGAUGUUCUGCCAGAUAUCCUGUGAAUGGAGGAAACAAGACAGCAGAGACAGCAGUGACUCUCAGUGUUUCAUAUGCUCCUAGAAACACUUCAGCAUCCAUCAGUCCAUCAGGUUUGGUGUCAGCAGGUAGCUGGGUGGAGCUGAACUGCUCCAGCAGAGCCAAGCCUCCUGCCAGCUUCACCUGGUUCAGGAACAGCAAACAUGGAGCCAUUAAUGUAUCUGUGGGGCAGGUUUACAGCUUCAAUGUUACUGAGGGAGGAGAGUUUUACUGUGUGGCUACAAAUGAUCUGGGUAAUGAGACGUCAUCAGUGAUCCUACUUAAUACUAAGGGAUUUAUUUUCUUGGUCGCAAUUGUAGUUGGAGUCAUUUUGUUAAUCUGCCUGGUUCUUUCUGUUUGGUACUUCAAGUCCAAACGUCCAACUCCACAACAGACUCAGACCCAAACAUACCAGGAGGUUGCUGUUCAAGCCAAUGAAACAGAGGAAGAACUUCAUUAUGAGGACUUAGCCUUCCUCCAGAGGCGGCCUGAAGCUUCCUCAGUCUCAGUGCAGGACAAUGGCCAGCAGGAGACAUUGUACUCUCAGGUCAAAGUGUCUGAUGACAGUCCAGAGGAUCUCUAUGCACAAGUGAAGAAGAGAACUUCUGUCAGUGCUGUUUGAUCACAUGAGAAAAUGUAGUUUUUGUUUAUAGAGAUGUUAGUUCCUGAAUGUGUUUAGUUUUUUAAUACGACUUAUUGACAGGAAUAUCAAUCUUCUCUAAGUCUCUCAUAUUUAUCACUUAUGAUUUCAUCAUCGUAACAAAUAAUUUCUCUGUCAAAUUAUUACCUUUAAUCUUUCAAGACAACUCACAACGUAAAAUACCUGAAUGUAUCAUAAAAGAUAGUGUAUUAAAAUGUUAUUUCUUUUUUGUGCUUGAUGCAUUACAGCUUUAAAACCAAAUCUAUGGUGUCUCAUUAUGAUAAAGUUGUACCCUUAUUGGUGGUAGAGAUGCACUGAUUAGGGUUGUGUGUUUCAGGUUUAUUCAUUUUUGUGCUGCAGUGCCUGCAUUGAUUUUAGUUUAUAUCGAUUUCUCUUUAAAACUUCUUUUAAUGUCAUUCAGAAUGUUUUUCUGUUCUUCCUUCCAGCUCUGAGUUAGUUUCCACCUUCAACAUUUGACACCCUCAUUUUGUAACCAUAUAAAGCCAUUUCACGCUCAUGUACCUCCAGUGAAUUUGAAUGCAUUCUCUUGGUAGUUAAGUAUUUUGAUGAAUUGUAGAAAUAAACAAUCAAAAAUGCG